AUGGAACGACUCGAGCACAUUCUCUCCUUCAUCUCUGCCGCGCCGAGGGCUAGACGACUUGAUGUCGAUCCCGAGAAAGAGCUGAACUAUGGGCAGGUUGACUUCGCCACGGACAACACCGAGAACCCUAAGAACUGGUCGUCGACACGGAAAUGCUACCUCACAGGAGUCGCAAUCCUCAUGGUCAUGAACGCCACCUUCGCCUCAUCAGCCCCUACAGGAGUAAUCCAGGGGAUCAGUGACGAUCUGAAGGUCUCUGUCGAGGCCGCUGGUCUUGUUACGACACUCUUCUUGCUUGGAUAUUGUGCGGGGCCUCUGUUCUGGGCGCCUUUGUCUGAGUUCUAUGGCCGCCGCUGGAUCUUCUACAUCACCUUCACGCUCUACGUCACCCUCAACUUCCUCUGCGCUUUCACCCCCGAUUUCGGUGGGCUCCUAGCUGGUCGUUUCCUAACUGGCACCGCAGCCAGCGCCAUUCUGUCGAACGGGCCUGGUUUGAUCUCUGAUAUCUGGGGACCGGUAGGGCGAGGCAACUCUAUGGCUAUCUUCAUGGUCGCGACGUUCUGCGGUCCAGCACUUGGUCCCGUCGUUGCUGGCUUUCUCGAAGUCACCAAGACAUGGCGGUGGUGCUUCUAUGUCCUGUUAUGGCUGGGCGGUCUCACUGAGGUCUUCGUCCUUACUGUACCCGAGACGUUACCAAAGGUUGUACUCGCGAAGAAGGCCAGAAGAAUGCGGCAAAGCAAGAACAAUGGCUCCAAGACACCAGAUCUAGAGAAAAAGGAGUCUCUCCUAUCGAUCUUCAAAACGACUCUGACAAGACCAUGGAUCAUCCUCUUCGACCCAAUCAGCUUCCUCGUCGCCAUCUACUAUUGCGUGGUAUACACUUUGCUAUACAUGCUCUUCAGCAUCUACCCCAUCGUCUUCCAACAGAAACGAGGGUGGAACGCCGGCGUAGGAGAGCUUCCCUUGAUCGGCACGGUCAUCGGCGCCUGUCUGGGCGGUGCUAUCCUACUAUUCAUCGGCUCCAGAGAACGAAAAGCUAUGAAGGAGGGCCACACAAGAACACCAGAAGAUCGACUGCCUCCUGCCAUGGCUGGUGGGGUCUUGUUUGCUCUGACAAUGUUCUGGUUUGCUUGGACUGCGGAGUUCAAUUCCAUCCAUUGGAUCGUACCGACGCUCGCUGGUACGUUCCUUGCCACGGCCAUAUUGCUGGUGUUCUCUGGCUUCAUCGUCUUCAUCAUCGACAGCUAUCUCAUGUAUGCGGCCAGUGCGGUGGCGGCGAACACUGUGACUCGGUCAGCGUGUGCCGCAGCAUCGCCGCUAUUUACGCAGUGCAUGUUUGAUGCUUUGGGCGUCGGAGGUGGUGGAUCGCUCAUUGGAGGUGUUGGAGUCCUGCUGGUACCGAUUCCAUUCAUCUUCUACAGAUACGGCGCAUCGAUUAGAAAACGUUCGAGGUUUGCUCCUACAGACUCGUGA